UAGGCUUGUACAAUGUUCCAGGAAAAGUUACUUUAUCCAUUUUCUUUCUUGUGACCACUCCCUUAGCAUCAUCACCAAUAAACAAACUGUACACAUUCCAACACAACCAAGCUGAAAGUAUCUCCAUGUUCUUUUCUCUUCCUUUCCGUUGGCACGCAUCCCUUUUUGUUGUUUUGAAAUCCAGAAUCAUUCUUCUUUUUUCUUAACGAAUUUUGAAAGAUAAUGAAAAGGGAAAACUUAUCAUGUGCAUGAUGCUUGUUUACAAUUUUGAAUUUGGUAUUAAUUGAGUGAUAAGGAAGGGAUAAGUAAGAUUCUCUUAAGUGGGUUAUUCCUUUUCAUGUUCCAGACUAGAUGGACACUAUAUUUUGGCCUUAUUGAUUCUGGCAUGGACCUACAUUCCAUUCUUGAUGGAGCUUGGUUUUAGCAAAUGGGUUCUUGCGUUUGCACUUUCUUCAUGGCUGCUGUUUUCCAGAGCAUACUCAGUGGAGGGAUUAAGAGGCAAUUCUAAAGUCCGGGGAGUGAACUUGGGAGGUUGGCUGGUGAUUGAAGGUUGGAUCAAGCCAUCACUCUUUGAUGCCAUUCCCAACGGAGACAUGCUUGAUGGUACUGGGGUUCGUUUCAUGUCAGUGUCGUCGCACAAGUAUGUGAGUGCAGAGAAUGGAGGUGGUAUGGGUGUUACAGUGUAUAGAGAUGUUGCUUUUUCGUGGGAAACUUUUAAGUUGUGGAGAGUUUCUGCAUCUGAAUUUCAGCUUCGCACCUCUCAAGGCUAUUUUCUAGCAUGUUAUGGUGAAGGAUGCUCCAUUUCUGCCACAGCAAACUCACCUUCAGAAGGGGAAAUAUUUUAUAUUGAAAGGAAUAAUAACAAUCAAGUUCACAUAAAACUUAUUACCGGGGCUUAUCUGCAAGUUACAGUAGGAAAUCUGCUGACAGCAGACUAUCCAGGGAAACCAGGAUGGGAUGAUAAUGCAGCUACAUUCGAAAUGAUGAUAGUGGCAAAUGACUUGCACGGAGAUUACCAGCUUGCAAAUGGAUAUGGACGUCAUCAGGCCAAGGAGGUUCUUAAGAAACACAGAAAUAGUUUUAUUACUAUGGACGAUUUCAGUUUUCUAUAUAGACGUGGGAUAAAUACUGUGAGGAUUCCUGUUGGCUGGUGGAUUGCUUUCGAUCCUGAUCCACCUGCUCCUUUUAUUGGGGGAUGUUUGGAAGCUCUAGAUAAUGCUUUCUCAUGGGCACAAGCCUAUAAUAUAAAAUGUGUAAUUGACCUUCAUGCGGCUCCUGGCUCCCAAAAUGGGGCGGAACAUAGUGCUAGUAGAGAUGGUACAACAGGCUGGCCUUCCUCUCCAGAUUAUGUCUCAAAGACAUUGGAUGUUAUUGACUUUUUAGCUUCCAGAUAUGGAAGACAUCCUGCUUUGCUGGGAAUUGAGCUUUUAAAUGAACCAUCUGCCUCCUUGGUUCCCAUGGAAGUUUUAGUUCCAUAUUACAAGCAAGGCUAUGAAAUUGUUCGAAAAUACUCCUCUACGGCUUAUGUAAUAAUUUGCCAAAGAAUUGGCAAUGCAGAUCCGAUAGAACUUUACCAGGCGAAUAUAAGCUCUCAUAAUUUAGUUGUGGAUUUGCAUUUUUACAAUCUUUUUGAUUCUUACUUUGUUAAUAUGAGCACUAUGGAUAACAUAGAUUUUGUAUACAAGAGCAGGGCAGCUCAAUUACAGGCUCUGAACAGUGCAAAUGGCCCGCUUGUUUUUGUUGGGGAAUGGGUGAAUGAGUGGAGCGUGACAACUGCAUCUCAGACAGAUUAUCAAGAUUUUGGUAGAGCACAACUUGAGGUUUAUAAUGCAGCUUCCUUUGGAUGGGCAUAUUGGACUCUCAAAAAUGACAGAAAGCACUGGGAUUUUGAAUGGAACAUUAGGAACAAUUAUCUCCAACUGGGUAAUUCAACUACCAGGAAAAUUUAUGACAAGUUAGUAUUGCUUGGAUUGAUUUCUGUCUGGAUCUUUCUGCUUUGUAUACUAUAAUGGAUAACAGAAGAAUCGAAAGAGGAAGAUCCAUAGGCGGCUGCUUUUUUUGUCAUUGAGUUUUUCCCAGAUUUUGUCAAUAUUCAUUCAUUUGUUAUGCCAAUUUGCAAGGUCAUUAAUACUGUAAGACCAAAGAGUUUCCACAGGAAAUGUGGACGGUCCUGUAAAAAUAUGGAAGCUACAAAGUGUUCUCGUUCUGAAUAAUAUCACUCCUUUGCUUGUUCUCUACAGCCA